AUUACAUUUACAUCAUCAUCAUCAUCAUUAUUCAUUGAAAACAUGUGCCAAGUUCAAUCAUUGUUCCAUCAUGUUCGUAAUGAUGGUGGUGUAAGCCAUCAUCAUAAUCAUCGACAUCGUACAACAAUAUUUCUUCUAUUUUAUCUUCAAAUUUUUAUUUCAAUUACAUUGUUAAUAACAUUGAAUGAUAAAAUUUUUGUACAUUGUCAACAACAACAACAACAAAGAGCUAAAUCAAUUGAAUCAACGACGAAUGAAUCAAGAUCAGAUCCAAUUACAUCAUCAUCAUCCUCAACAAUAAAAUGGAUGCCCAUCUCGAUAAAUAAUGAUCCAACACAGCAACAAUCCGAACAUAUUAUUUUUGAUUGGAAAAAUAAAUCAUUAUCAUCGAAUUUAAAAGAAAAUGGUAGCCAACAACAAAUUCGUCGAGUGAUACGUUCAUAUGUUGAAUCAUUACAUCAUCAUUAUCAUGAGCUUCAUUCAUCAUCAUCAAUUAAUUCAAUAUCUUCAUCAUUAUCAUCAUCAUCAUCUUCUUCAAUGUCUUCGAAUGGACCAUCAUCAUCAUCAUCAACAAUGAUAUCGACAAAUAUUUGGCCAAAUAUAGCUUUAAUACCAUAUUUUAUACAAGAACCAUAUGGAUUUGUAAAAUAUUCUAAUCAAUAUGGUUAUCAAUUGCCUUGUCAGAUAGGAUUUCAUAAAGUUUUACUUGAUACAUCAUCAACAUCAUCAUCAUAUAUUCGAUCAAGAGAUGUUCGUGAUGAACGUUCAUUAAAUGAUGAACAAUAUAUGGUUCAUUAG